AUGAAGGUGAGUCGGAUCAUGAGGUUGCUGAAUCGGAUCGACGGCCAAGCGAGAAUCGGAUUCAAUAAUAUGAAAUUGAAUCCCCUGCUUCCAAGCAAGCUUAAUACCCAUAAGAAUAGCUCAGAGCUCCGCCAUGAUAACCGAGCAUGCUCCAAUCCUGCAGCAGAAGCCGCUUAUCCAGCCACCUUCAUUGCUGCGAAUAACUCCCCCUGCUGCAAUGUCUCCGUCAUGUACAUGUGCCGCUCCUUUUAA